AUGAGCGGUCUUCGUGCCGAAGUCGAUGAUGCUCGCCAGGCUGCAGAUCAAGCAAAAGCCGAUGUAAAAAGACUUGAAGAAACACUGGGACAGAAAGAACAAGAACUUACUUCUCUCCAGAACAAGGCCUCCGUUCUUGAGAGUGAUUUGGAUGCAGCUGAAAAAUCUUUAAGGGAAACAACAGAAAAGCUCCGUGCCACCGAACUCGAAAAAGAGCAUUUGGAACGAAAAUUAUCAAAUAGUGAGACUCAACGUGGGGACUUAGAAAAGAAAAUCGAGGACCUUAAGGCCGAGAAUCAGAAAGCUAAGCAAGAACUGGAUGAAGCCAUGGCCUCUCUAGAGGGUUUGUAA